UAUACGUUGUGACUGUUUAUUUUUCUAAGAGACCGAAAUACAAUAUUUCCAUUGUUCAAUUUAUUGCAUGUGAAGGAACUCCUAUUUUAUUUUCCGAAUACUAUAACAAAAUCCAAGUGAUAGUUUGUGUGUUCUUUAGUCUAGUGACAAUAUUAAAAAAAGUUUUUCUUUUUCUUUUUUUUUAAACUCCUUCAAUUCAAUAUGACGUUUAGCAGCGCUCAUAAUCAAUUUAUAUUUAAUUAAAGUGCGUUAUGUUCGCGUUUUGCGAUUUAUUCUAUUAUAGAAUGCAUACAGUAUCGUACAUGGCGUAGUUUAGUGCUCCCCUAAGCGUUCUAAAUUGGUUAAAUGCGGUUGUGACGCCCACCGGGCUUGCCUGAAUUUGUCACCUAUCUCACCGACAGGAGAACAGUUUUUGUAUCGUUUUAAAAACAUUAUUACUAAACUAUUUGUGAAACUUCACUGCCAAAAUGAGGCACAUAAUCUGUGUGAGCGAGAAGCAUGGCGGAGGAACAGGCGUGCCUCGUGCGCGCUCGCUCUGACUCGGACUCGCCCAAGAGUUUCGGGUCAAUAGCUCGAACCAUGGCCUACACUGAGGACAGGCUGACUGAUGGCACUGCCGAGCCGGGCACAGUCAGCAUGACUGUCAACCCACCGGAACCUAUGGACAAUGAGAGCGGGGAACUUAUAGACUAUAGCGACACUAGCGCUUUAGAUCAGUUCCAUGAAGACGCGUUGAGACAGGCCGGCUGCGGCAUAGCCCAACUGAAGGUGUACCUGGCAUGCAGUCUAGCGCUCGCCGGCGCGACGCUAGAACUCUCGGCAGUGCCCUUUGUACUGCCCUCGUGUGAGAUCGAGCUGUGUAUACUGCCACAUGAGAAAAACUGGCUUGUGCUCAUCAGCCUGGUGGGGGGCUCGCUGGGCGGCGCGGGGUGGGGGGCGCUGGGCGCGCGGCUGGGGCGGCGCCGAGCGCUGCUGUCGGCGCUGCCCGUCAACGCCGUGUUCGCCGCCGUCGCCGCCUUCAUGCCCACAUAUGGAACGUUUAUGAUGGCCAGAUUCUGCUCAGCCAUCGGCUCAGGCGGUCUAGUGCCGACCUGCUAUUCCUACUGCUACGAGAUCUCACCGCGCCAGCAUCGCCGGCGCCUCCUCUCCAUAUUAGUGAUCGCUCACGGUGUAGGGGCGUUGCUAGCGGCGGCGUUAGCCCAUGCAGUGCUGCCGCCGACCGGCGCUGAUGCGUUGUUAGAUGAUAAGGAGCAUUUCUCAGCGUGGCACAGGUACCUCCUGUUAUGCACCCUUCCGAUCCUGGCUUCGCUGGUGUCCCUGAUAUGGACGCAGGAAUCGCCGCGGUAUUUACUAGAUGUUGGCAGAGAGGUUGACGCUAUGUUGGUAUACCAGAGCAUCCACAGCAGUAACCAGGCUGGCUGGUGCGUGGCUGGCUCGGCGGAGUGCCGGCCGGGGGCUCUACAAUUACCCCCAAAACGGCCCGCGGCUCUACAUCACGUCCGGCACACGGUCAAAAUGUUCUGGCAGGCGUUCUUCCAGCUGUUUUCGAGUUCGUACAGAAACGCUACGUUCUCCCUCGGCGGGUUGAUGCUGUUCUCCAUGGCUAUACAGUUCUUCCUAGCGUCGCACAUACCAUCAGCGGUCCUGUCGAUAGAAAACCAACAGUUCGAAGCCUCAAAAGUCAUAAUCGAAAACGCUACCUACGAAAACCGACAUUUCAACGAAACUCUAGAAAAUAUCGAAUAUAGAAAUGUCACGUUCAAUAAGUGCAGUUUUCGAGAUAUGAUGUUGUCUCAUGUGGCGUUUAGGAAUUGCUCCUUCUACGAUGUAGCGUUUUCUAAUAUCAAGACUUCUUACGCGUACUUCACUGGAUCGCUAUUUGUCAAUACUACCAUAAUAGACACAGACAUAACAGUCGGUCGAGAGAUAGACGCGUGGUCGGAACUACGUAACUCCGUGAUACGAGGCAUGCGGCUCGCUUGCCUCCGCGAGGCGCCUCUGACCUGGCGCCUCGCCGGGGCGUUGAGGGAGCAGGCCCAUGCCGCCCUCGCCACGAUAUUGGCGGGGCUUUUUGCGGCCAUUUUCGCCCCUACACUGGCUUUGGGAGGGAGAUUUUCCCCAAAAGUAAUCCUAUGCGUGAUAUGCGUACUCCUGUCUCCGUCUAUCUACAUAGUGCAGAGCGAGACGGCGCUAUACGUCGCGGAGGCUGUGUACAGGGUGUUCCUGACGCUAGUGUUCUACAUCGCAUGUGUGGGGGCCGUCGAUUCUUAUCCCGCUAACUUGAGAUGCUGUGCGCACGGGCUCAUAAUGUCAGUGGCGUACACGGGCGGAGCUAUAGUACGCGGGCUGUGGGCGCUGCCGCCCGCCGCCGCCGCCAUCUUGACCGCCGUGCUGGCCACAGCCGCCACUGCUUGUGCCGCCCGGCUCAGAUAGAGAUGAGAUGACGCCCGACAACAAUACGGACUGACAACAUUGUACGAGUAUGUAUAUAAACCGAUAUUAGUUACUAUAAUAACUUAUAUAUAGACGGUUAAAAAUAAUAUCAUCACAGUUAAAAAAAGACAGAAAUAGUUAAAACUAAACUUACAUUGAGUGUAAUGUAAUCGUUUUUAAAUCUGGUAUCCCUGUAUUAAAUUAGAAAGUCGUAAUAAGUUAUUUACGAUACAAGUGCGAAAAAGAGGAAAUAUCGACAAAUCUUUUUAAAUUUGCAUUAUCUGUUCGCACGUGCAUUGUACAACGUACUCACAUAAUGGCUUUUAAAAUUUCCGACAUGACAUGUAAAGUGCUCAUUCCCACACUAGUGCGGUAAAGUAGCGCAAAACUGCAAAAAACGCUGCUCCAUCCGACAUCUUGCGAAUUUCCUACUCUUCGCACAUGUAUCUUAACUGUAUCCUUUAGCAAUACUGUCAACUUGCCAUUUCUAAUUAAAACCAAAGUUGUAUGACUGAUUCUAUGAUACUCAAAAAAGUAACUAA